AUGUCCGUGCUGGGGAAGAUUUCGGCUGAUCCGGCGAUUCUAGAGCCACAGAGGCAGCAAGUUGAUGCGCUGCUGAGUGAGUUUAACUCGCGAAAAGAGCGAUACAACCAGCUUCAAGCGGACUGCCUAUCUUUGAACGAUUCGAGCAAAAGUCAAGAUAUGAAACAACUGAGCUCGAGGUGGAAUGAAUUGGAGCAAAAACUUGAAGAGCGUAAAAUAGCAAUCGAUGAGGCGCUAAAAUGCACGCGCGAGAUCGAGCAAGAAACUGCCAAGCUACAAGACUUCCUAACUACUGUUACUGCUGACUUAGCAAUAUCAAGCAGACUGCCACCAGUUCCCGAUUCAGUUGAAGAUUGCCUCAAAAAACUCAAACAGCACCAAACCCAAGUGACCGAAAUGGAAAAGAGUGCCAAACUCGCCCAGCAAGCAGCAGAAUUUCUUGCACAAGUUGCCUCUGGAGCUGAAAAUCAUGGCAACAAAUCGCACUCGGUCGGACAAGCACUUUUCAUUUCAACCAAAAAGUUGGACGAAAAAAUCGGCACUCUCACAGAAUUGCUGGCUAACAUCGAUGAAGCGUAUAAACUGAGAUCUGAGUUGUUCAACUCGAUCAAUGCGAUUGAAAAGGGACCAACAUACGGACGGGAAGAAAUUAACGCUCUGAGAUCAAAGUAUGACGAGCUCGUUUCGCUUGUAGAAGACAUCAGUGAAAACACGUCGCCGAUUCGUAAUAACUCGCUACGAGAAGACAAGCGCUCCAUUCAGCGAAAGAUCAAAGCGCUAGAAACGGGCUUAGACCAGCGUGAAAGGGACGAGUCACGAAGAGCGCGAAAACAGGCGCAGCUGCUGUCAUUUAUUAACGAACGGGAACAGCAGAUUGCGUCCACACAUGAGGGCGAGGCUCAACCUGACGCCAUUCACCAGAAAAUCACACUCGUCCAAACUCUUAAGGAUGAACUCACCGCGCGCAUGGGCGAACUGAAGGCUCAAUUCGGCGGCCCCACUGAUUCACAAGUUCAACAGAGCUUCAACAAUCUCCUCGAGAAGAGCACCGAUAGAGCUAAGGAGCUUCAGGAUGCGAAAUUGCAAGCAGAAGAGCUCGACGGACUCCUCCAUGAUUUCAACGAAUGGGCGGAGGACUCCCUGGAAAAGAUUCUCGCUGCUACGAACUUAAAAUCGCCCGAGACUCUUUACGAAAUGCAGACAAUGAUGGAGGAGUGCAAAGACCAACGCGGUGAAAUCGAGCUUAUUUGCUCUCUGCUAAAAGGUGUCGAACCAGCCGGAAAACGAUGGGGAGGAAGACCUUUGGAGCAAGUCCACUCUGAUGCUCUGCACACUCUCGAUCGCAUCAAGAGCUUGCUGAGUGAGCGAACAGAAGCCGCCGACGAUGCUCUCAACCGAGUCAAGCGCUUCGAGGAGUCGAUAGAGAAGCUCACCGCUUGGUACAGAGAGAUCGGCGACGACCUUGACAAGAUCAAAUCGGCGCUAGACUUGACGGAGCCGGAAGUAAUCGAUAAAAUGGUCGACGAUGUUGGUAGAAUCUCCACCAUUCUUCAAUCGAAAAUGGCGACACGGGAAAUUAUGUCCAGAGAGUGUCAAAUGAUGAAUUUCGAUUUGGCUGAAGGGAUGAAGGAUAGUGUCGAGGAGAAGCUAUCCAAACUCGAGAGCACAGCUUCAGAAACAGAACUGAAAUGCAGAGAGCUUCAAAAUCUUCUUGAAAAGGUUCAACGCGCGAGCACGAAAUAUGCAGAAGUGCGAGACGAGCUUUUGCCAUGGGUUGAAGACAUGGAGGUGCGGUUAGAUCAAUUUGACGACGUUUCCCUACCAGAUGAGAGCCUCAUUGAGGAUCUCAGCCAGAUGAGUGAAGAGAUUGCAGAACGACGUCUUCUCGCUGACCGCCUUGUUCUCACCGCUGAUAAACUCGCGCCUUUAGGAGCGAUUCAAGUCAAGAACGAAGCAGCACAGAUCUCGAGCAGAUAUUCCGACAUUCGCGAACGCUGUCGACAGCGUAAGAGAGAAACUCAACAACUCGCAAUCGAACAUCAGCAGUACUCGGAGCGUCUUAACAAUCUGAACAACGCUUUGCAGCGGAUUGAUGAGCGUCUAUCGAAUAGCGAUCGCCCCGAAUGCAACGUUGAAAAGUGCAGAGCCGCAAUGGCGGAUUUGAAUCAACUUAGCAAAGAAUUGGACAAGCUAGAAGCUGCGAAAACGACGCUUCAAAAGACCGGUCAAAGCCAACUUAGCGAUCCCAAGAUAAAUUCAGAGCUGGCAAAGAUCGAUUCGACAUGGGAUCAUCUCCAGAAUACGCUCAAGAACAAGCGCGAUCGAUUGAGACAAACAGAAGCUGCGUCUGAGCGAUUUUGGGCGAAAAACUCUCAGUUCCAGAAUCAACUGGAUCAGCUUGAAGGCGAGCUGCGAGAGAUCAAGCCAACGCACGAUGGUAAACGGGAUAUGGAUCAGUUCGAGAAGAAAAUUACAGCAAUGGCCGGCUUGAAUAAGAAAGUAUCUGACACAGCCCGAGAUCUUGGCUCAUUAGGCGAAAAUUCCGAAGCGCUACGCAUGGCGCGAGAGGGUCAAUCACAGCUCGAUAGAAUCGCCAGGAAUAUGCAACAAAAGCAGAACGAGAUCGAAGCGGCUGCCAAAGAGCACGAGAAUAUGCAGCGAAAAGCGCGAGAGGCACUUUCGUGGAUGCAAUCAGCAGAUGUGCGCUUGAAAGCACAGGGAGAGCCAAACUCUCCGGACGACUGCCGGGAAAAACUGAGAGUUAUCUCCGACAUUAAAAAUCAAGCGCCCAAGUUCGCUGCUGCUCUUCCAGCAGCAUCGUGGAGACAAUUCGAGAACCGUUUGGCGGAAGAGGUUAGGGACACGGAAAACAAACUCAUUUCAAUGGGCCACUUUGACCAGGCGCUAGAUGAGAUUUCCGACUGGACAAGUAGGUGUUCAACAACUCUGAGCUCAAUCGGACAAGAUGCUAGCGCACUCCAAACUGAUUUUGCCAGGGCAGAAUUGAUCAUGUCCGAACUUGAAUCACGCCAACGAGCGCUAGAAAAGCUCCGCGAAACAGCAGUCGAAAGAUUUCCACUCAAGCAAAAGCGCCUUAUUGCUAUUUCUGAUAACUUAUCGAAAAUCGGAUCCAUAGCAAGUACAAAACACGACGUUAUUCGAAGUAGAAUCGAAGCCGCAGAGUCAACAGAAUUGAAAAAGAAGAAGGUUCAACGAUGGGCUGCUGAUAUUCGAGAGUAUCUUAUCAAUGACGGGCCCUAUUCAGGAUCCUCCGAGGGCGCGAAAGCUCAAUCUGAUGAAUGCCGGAAUAAAAUUUCGGAAAUGGUGAAACAACGAGGUGAAUGCCCUGCAGCGCUGCCUGAUGUUCGCUGGCAACAGAUGGAGACUGCUCUUUCUGAGCGCAAGAACAAGCUCGGCAAUUUACAGCUCGAGGUUGAUACCUUCUGGGAUGCUGCAAAGAAAAUGGACAAGUCCCUCGGUCAAUUUGAGUCGCAAAUCCAGAAGAUGCAGCCACCAUCAGUUGUCGAAGACUCUACCAACUUGCAGAUCGAACAAAAUCGCAAACUUGAGGAUGAUAUUCGCCUGAAAACGAACCAAGUAAAAACUAUCGAAGAUCUUUCUGGCUCUCUCCGAGCGAACAUCAACAGAGAAGACGCAAUCCAAGUUAAAAAUGCAGCUUUGAGCAUUCACUCUCGCUGGGAAAAAUGCUUGCAAGCGACCAACAGACGUAACUUGGCCCUAGAAGAGAAUAGAAAACGCGCCACAAAAUAUUCCGAAAUGGUUAUUGAGCUCGUUGACUUUAUCGAACUUUCUCGCUCAAAACUGGAAGAGGCCAAAAGCAGCUGCGAUCCUAGAAAUGGGAAACGACUGCUAACGAAGCACAGCGAAAUCGAACGAGAAAUAGCACGCAAUGAAAAGGGUUACGACAAUGUCAAAAAAGAAGCCGCUCAUCUUUUGAAAAUUGCAAAGCUACCGAGUGAUGUCACGGCGAUAGAAGUAGAGUUGAAAGACAUCCAGAACAAAUGGGGAAAUCUGCAGAACUUGAGCUGGAACUUCGUAAAAGACCUUCAAGACUCGAUGGUCUCUUCUGGUCGCUUAAUAGAUGCACUCGAGUCACUAGAAGAGUGGCUGAUUAAAGUAGAACCAGAGUUAUCGGAACGCCGCCCAUUAGAAGGCGAUUUAGAUACAGUCGAACGACUCCUUGAAAAUCACCGCGAUUUCAAACGAGAGCUUGAGGAGCGUGAACGGAGCUUUUCCGACAUUAGACGACUCGUUGUUGAUUUAUCGGAGCAAGACGCUGCUUGGAUGCGCCCUCAAAUCUCCGGACUUGGCUCUCGCUGGGAAAAUUUGAGAACUCUUUCUCGUCGCCGGGACGAUAAACUUGCCAGAGCUAAGGUGAGAGCUCAAGAGUUCCAGGACGAAGUUAACAAUACGCUCAACUGGCUUGCCAUUGCCGAAGAAAGGCUUGACAAUAUCGCCAUGCUCUUAGACGGAGAUACUUCUGGAUCGUUACUGGACAAGGCAAAGCGCAAUCAAAGCGAUCUAGUUGCGGAUAUGGACAAGAACAAAGCCCAACUUGAUCGUGCAGUUCAACUUGGAAACGGAAUUCUCACAAAUGCCGAUCCUGAUGCUGUGGGCACUCUUAAACACUGGCUUGGUGCACUCACUGCUGGCUGGCAAGAGGUCCAAGCUUGGAUCGAACAGCUCGGCGAAAGAAUAAAACGAAUAGAGAACGACGAUGCGGACGCCCAGCAACGUCUAGAUGCGCUACUAAACUGGCUGACCGGAGCACAAGAUCAACUUUCCAUUCGAAAUCGCUCGCCCCUUCCAGCUGAUAUCACGCGUUUAAAACAACUCGCCGCUGAGCAUCAACAAUUUCAAGAGGAAAUUCUCGCCAGGCAAACCGAAUUCGACGAGCUCAUCAGAAUUUACAAGAAGAAUUCAAGCUCUAAUGUGAUGCGAGAGAGCUACGGCUCGCUAAAGCGUAACACAAAAAUAACAAAUCAAGGACUUGUUGAAUUCAAGAACUCAAAAGCCGCUCUGCUCAGCGGAACUUGGCAAUCAGUUUGGCUGGCAGCUCUAGAAAGGCAGCGCGCAAUUGCGAAUGCCUUGGAUGGUGCAGAGGAGAGUCAGUUCGACUUCGACACUUGGAGAAAGCGAUACAUGGCUUGGAUGAACCAUAAAAAAUCGAGAGUCAUGGAAACCAUGCGCUCGUUUGACAAGAACAACACCGGUUUCAUUGAAAAUAAACGUUUCAUUAAUGGCGUUAUUGACUCUGGAUUUGACACCAAUGAACGAGAAAUGCGAAAGGUGGUUAAAAUGUUUGACCGGGACGGAAACGGCCAAAUUGAUUACUACGAGUUCAUCAGCGCGCUGCAUCCUCGCGAUCAGUACAAGCCAGAAACAGACGCGGCGAAAAUCGAGGACGAGGUCAUUCGUGAAGUCAGCCGCUGCCGAUGCUGCGAGCGAUUUGCUAUUCACCAGAUUAGCGAUAACAAAUAUCGAUUUGGUGACUCUCAACAACUCCGUCUGGUGCGAAUUUUAAAGUCGACUGUCAUGGUCAGAGUUGGCGGCGGUUGGAUGGCGCUAGAAGAGUUCCUGAGCAAAAACGAUCCUUGUAGAGUUCGGCGACAAGGCGCCUGUCGUAAAAAAUGGGCCAGCUCCAAGAGGUUGAUUCGCUGCAACUCUGAUCUCUCGCUUCCUUCUACUUUCUCCGUGGACACUAGUGGCUCGGGCGAGACCUUCUCCUCGUCCGGGCUACUCGUGGGACAUUUCAGUGGCUCGCUCACCGAUUUGGACCGCGACGAGAGCCUGUCAAUGACGGGCUCGACGUUGUCCACUAGCUCCGACCUACCGCGGAUCAAAGGCUCCAAAAUUCCUUUGAGAACCCGAGGAAAAGUGGCUCCAAGAAGCGAUGGGUUUCCUACUGAUCCACUCGCUGACGGAGUGUCUCAGACAAUGUCAGCUUUCACGCGAAAAUCCCGUCGCGAUCGCCACAACUCUACGAGCAGUCAGCAGCCCAUCAGAACAACGCCUACAGAUCGUCCAAACACUCGCCCAGGAUCGCGCAUUCCCUCCCGCAACCCGUCGCGUUCGAAUUCUAGAGCCGGUUCACGUGCAGGCUCGCGCGAUCCCUCGCCUCACAAUAGAAUUCCCAAUCUUUCCGUUCUUUCCCCCAAGAGCUUGACUCCGCAGGGCUUGAUUUCUCCCAUGAGCCACCGCAGUAGUGGGCGCAAGACACCGAGCGGCUACAAAACUCCAUCCGGCAGAAAAACGCCCAGUUCGAAUUCAAAAACCGGCGAUUCGGACAUCGCCGAAGCAGCCCGCCGACUUUACACGCUUCAAACCGAGAGAAACUCGAAACUCUAA